AUGCCCUGGUUCGUUCAAGGCGGCCGACCAGCCUCCGGCUGGUUCAUCUGCUUCCGCGCGACCGCCUCUAACCGCUGCACCUGUCAUCAACCCUCAUGUUGCUACACGCGGUUCUCGGCGUCGGUCUCGGAGAGUCCCUCCCAAGUAGAUUCUUUUCAUGUUUUUGACAGGCUGACGGUCGUUUUGAGGACUGCCCAUCUGUAUGAUCACGUUCCCAAACCGUGCAGAGACAAGGUAUCUAAAGCAUUGUCGGCUUUAUUGACGGCCGUUUGCGAUGAUCCCUGCGACGCGGCCCAUUGGUGCAGGCUCCAAUGUUUUUUCGCAUUUGUUUUGUUCAAGCCCACCAGGGGCGGUCGCAGGACUAAUCAAGCCAAUUACGUUAUUAAACGGUUGGCCGAAUUCAGUUCGACCGAGGUCGAGAUUAUUGUGGCAAGCUUCAACACUGACCACAACACCAAACCGCGUAAGCACAAUCCAAACAGUUGGAUUAGUGCAGUAACUACUCGGAUUGAACAGGGCAGUCUCUCGGCGGCCGUCAGACUUGCUUGUUCGCCCGCGGGCCUGGCGGAGAGCUCGCCUGAGACACUCGCUAAACUCAAGGCUAUUCAUCCCAGUGCUCCAUUGAACAGGCGAGCUUUUCCCGCGCAGGAGCCGUCUAAUGGUCGCGUUUCACCAGCCCAGGUGUUGACGGCUUUAAAGUUGUUUAACAAUGGUUCAUCGGGAGGCCUUGAUGGCUUGAGGCCUCAGCACAUAAAGGAUUUACUUUCCGGUCCGAUGCCCACCGAUGAAUUGUUAAAUAACCUCACCCGAGCCGGCAGGUGCUUGGCGUGGGACGUUACCGUUCCGGGCACCUUUGCUGAGCGCUACGUGCAGCUUACUAGCAGAGAAAACGGUUUGGCUGCAACCAGGGCAUCUGACGAGAAGAUCAAGAAGUACGACGGAGCUCUCCCGUCAAUGGAGUUUUUACCGAUUUGUAUCGAGCUAGUCUUCUUCCUGUCAGCCUGUUGGAAGACUGUAUUUGUCACCACAAGAUUGUGCUCUGUACAAAAUUCGAGGAGCAUGGUUCUAUUUGAAUUUUCCCUACCAACUCCAUUUCGUCCAAGCACUUUUGGCCACAAGAUGUGCGUCACCGAGCUGCCCAUAAAACAAGCUCUUCUCCUCAAAAGUUGCUCCAAGCGUUGGCGCAUAGCAGCUGAUCAAAGUAGCAGUGUGACCACCCUCCAGGAGUGUGCUACGAAUGGCAAAACCCACUCCACCAGUACGCACCUCACCUGCAGGAUGACCUUGGCAAAAGAAGGUGUAACCAGCACCUCUCUCCUCAAACUGUGUUGCUGCAGAGAUUCUUGUCUCGCUGAGCGCAGCAACAUCGAUGUCAUAACGCGCAAGACUUUGUUUGCACAUCCAUUCAAGCAUCAGACCACCAAGACCACCUUCACACUGGUUGAUUUAAGUGGAGCAUGUUUGUGCGGCAUGCUACUCUCUCUCCUCCACAGGGGUCGGUAUCAGCAGACACAACGAGUUGAGACACACCAGUGUGGACGCAGAAGUUUGGAUGAAACUGCGAAGUAUACAAACACAUUUUCUCUCACAUAUAAGCACCAUCUGCACAGUUACAAAAAUAUGAACAACAUUUUUCUAAGAUAUGGACGUAGAUGGCAAAUUGAUGAAAAAUAUGCAUACGAAACGGUAAAUAGUCAGAGUAACGAAAAAUGCCCAUUAUCGAUGUUUUUAAUGUUGAAGGGAAUCACACUGUUCCAUAAUUUAGGAGCUGUAUGA